CAGUGAUACUCGCCGUAGAGUUCUUGACAGCCUGUUCAAGUAAACAUGGCUGAAGAAAGUCUGAUUGAAGGCGAAGAUGAGAACAUUUUAUACGAUUUACUCGUCAUUACCGAAUGGCCGCCAGAGACCGACACUCAGUUGCGAGGUAACAAGGAGCGCAACACGUCACUUAUUGCAAAAGCAGUGACAGGGCCAUUCCGCUUAAUCCUGCACUACUUGUGGUACAGCCCCUCCAGCUCGUCUGUGCCGCUCGGUCUUCUCCGCCUGGCCAACAAGCAGAUCAACUGGCAGCUGGUGCUAGCAAGCAACGGCAAACUGUUGGCUGUUGUUCAGGACCAGUGUGUGGAGAUUAGGUCUGUGAGAGAUGACUUUGGCUCUGUUAUUGGCAAGUGCCAAGUGCCGAAGGAUCCGAACCCGCAGUGGCGGAGGGCGGCGUGGAGCCACGACUGCGCCCUGCUGGCCUACGCCGACAGCACCGGCACCGUGCGCCUCUUCGACCUCACGGGCGGCGAACUCUUCGUCAUGCCGCCGGCGGUGAGCUUCCCCGGGGAUUUCAGCUGCGCCGUGGCGGGCCUGAUCUUCCUGGAGUACGCGGUUAGCGCCCAGUGGUCAGCCGAGCUGCUCGUUAUCACAUGCGGAGGCGGACUCAAGAGUUACCUGGUCAGCGUGGGAACCAAUCAGAACUUCCAAGAGAACCACAGCUUCAGUUUCUCUGCACACCACUCUCACGGGAUCACCUCGGCUAUUUACCACCCUGGCCACCGAUUGCUGCUGGUGGGAGGCUGUGAGUCGGGGGAUGACUGUACGUCCAAGGCCUCCUGCUACGGGAUCACAGCCUGGAGGGCUCUCUCAGGCUCGCCACACUACAAGCAGGUCACCGGCUAUGAGGACGACGUCAGAGCGAAUCAGAAGAGAGGUUUCUUUAAGAUCCCGAGCUUCAGAUUGUUUUCCAGGCAGGGAGAUGAAAAGGACGGUGUGUUCCGCAUGAGCCUGAGCCCCGACGGCACCCUGCUGGCUGUCAUCCACUUCUCUGGUCGCCUGUCUCUCUGGGACGUCCCCUCCCUCAAACAGAGGGCCGCAUGGAGCCAGGACCAACAGCCAGGAUUUGAGGAGAUCAACCCGGAGUGGAAGACCUCGCUGGAGAGAAGGAAGAAAAUAAAAGAUAAGGAGCAGUACUACCCGCUGGUGGAUGUGAACUGGUGGAGCGACAUCGUGUUGAUUCUGGCUCGUUGCUCCGGCUCCGUCACCGUGUCCUCCGUCAGGACGCUGCGCAACCUGCUGGGGAAAUCCUGUGAAUGGUUCGAGCCCUCGCCCCGAGUCACCGCGGCACACGACGGGGGCUUCCUCAGCCUGGAGUGCGAGGUGAAGCUGGCCCAGAAGCGUGGCCGCCUGGAGAGCAACCUGAGCGGCGAGGACGAGGAGGGGGACGACGGCGGAGACUCUGACUCCGACGAGGAGUCCUCGGCCAAAGCCCGCUACUUCGGCUACAUCAAGCAGGGCCUGUACUACGUGACGGAGAUGGAGCGCUUCGCCCCGCCGCGCAAGCGCCCCCGCACCGUCAUCAAGAACUACCGCCUGGUCAGCCUGAGGUCCACCACGCCAGAGGAGCUGUACCAGAGGAAGAUAGACAACGAGGAGUACGGUGAAGCCUUGUCUCUGGCUCAAGCGUACAAUCUGGAUUCUGACCUGGUCUACCAGAGGCAGUGGAGGAAGAGUACCGUCAGCAUCGCAUCCAUACAAGAUUAUCUGAGCAAGAUCUGCAAGCGCUCUUGGGUGCUGCACGAGUGCGUGGAGCGGGUCCCCGAGAACGUCGACGCGACCAAAGAGCUGCUGCAGUACGGCCUGAAGGGAACCGACCUGGAGGCCCUCAUAGCGAUAGGAAACAGGGAAGACGGCGGCAGGUUCAUCAUGCCAGGUGACGUCGACCUUGAUGACAUUUCGUACGAAGACAUCCUGCUUGACGACGAGGAGCUGGACGAGAAGAAGGAACGUGACAGCAGGAAGAGAGGAGAGCUGUUGGCCAGGGUCGACUUCAGCAGGCUGACUCUGGAGCAGAAGGAGCUGUGUCGGAGCCGACUGAAGCUGCUCUCCUACCUGAAACGUCUGGAAACCUACGAGGAGAUUCUUGGUGGGCCUCACGCAGCGGAGCAGAAAUACGAUGCAGAGUUCUUCAAGAAGUUCCGCAGCCAAAAUAUUGUUUUAUCAGCAAGAAACUACGCCAGGGAGAGCAACGUGCAGGCGCUGGACAUCCUGUUCACGUACCACGGAGCCGAGCUCCUCCAGCAUCGGCUCGCUAUCCUCCACAACUUCCCAGAAACCACCUCUCCUCACGAGUACACCACCCUGCUGCCGGAAGCCUGCAUGGAUGACGGAGGCGAGCUGGUGCUGAUUCCAUGGGACGAGCAGAGACACAGAGAGAUGGACUGGUGCGAGGCGGAGGAGUGCAGGGCAAUGCUGGACCAGAACCUGUUUGAGGACGACGGUUUCCUGUACGAGGGCGCUCCAGAGCUGAAGAGGUUCCGCACGGCCUCGCCCUCCAUCGAGCUACUGACCGACUGGUACCAGAGCCGAGCCAAGGACAUUGACUCCUGCUCCAGACAGGUGGACUGUGCCCUGUCGCUGGUGCGUCUGGCGAAGGAGCGGAAGAUCCCGGGGCUGGAGCUCUUGUCCGCCGACUUGGUCACCAUGGAAACACUCGUGUAUGAGACAUCAUGUGAAUUGAGUCUGACACUUAAAGAUUUGCAGCAGCUGAGAGACAUUGACAAGCUCCACCUGCUAAUGAAAAAUUCCACCCCCGAGCGCUACGUCAAAGACGCCACCCAGUGGAUGGUGCCAUUCCUGCACCGAUGCGAGGGGCAGAAAGAGGGCGCGGCUAAGUCCCUGCUCAGAGAGUACCUGGUCAGCCUGGCCGAGCAAGACCUCACCCUGCCCUUCAUCAUCUUCCAGCACUCCAAACCCGACUGCCAGCAAAAGAUCAUUGGGGACCCGGAUGAGCUGAUGGCCGUCGCCCUGCAGUGCAUCUACAGCUGUGAGAGGGAUGACCAGCUCAGCCUCUGCUAUGACAUCUUGGAGUGUCUGCCUCAGAGGGGCUACGGACCAGACACAGACGUCACCGCCUCCCUCCACGAUCAGGUGGACAAACUCGAGAAGCAUCUCAGUGUGGUGGAGGUCCUGGAGAAACACGGCCUGCAGAAGCCCAUUUUAUACGUGAAGAACAGCCAGAACAGUGAAGAGGAGGCGCACCAGUUGAUGGUGAAGCUGUGCCGCCACACCGGUCGCAAAGUUCCUCCAGUGAGCGAGACCGCGUGGAGAGGUCUCCUGCAAGAUCUGCUCGACAUGCAGCAGAAUGUCUACACCUGUCUAAAGCCGGAGACAUGCCACCAGGUCUUUGUGGAGUCCCUGCUGUGUUCCAGCCGUGUGGAGAACCUACGCCUGGCGGGGCAGCUCAUGCACUGCUCCAAGGUCAGCCAGGACGUUCCUGUCAGUUUGUCGUUCCGGGGUAAAGGUUACGCGCUGAAGGUGGCCUACGACAACAGCUUGGAACUGGUGUUAGCUGCUGCUAGAGAGUACUUCAACUCAUCCACAACGCUUACAGACCCCUGCAUGGGCCUCGCCAGGUCGUGUCUCCAGCUGAUCACCGACUGUCCUCCGGCCGUCCAGGAGGAACUGGACCUCAUCAGCGCCCUCGUCCAACUGGAAGACUUCAGCGUCAGCAUCCUGCCUCUGCAAGUGCGCCUGCGAUCGAACCGCCUGUCUCUCAUAGAAGAAUGCAUCGCCCACUGCCCCACGGCUUACAAGCAGUCCACCACCCUGCUGAAUCUGGCCUCGCUUCUCCGAGUGGCAGGUGAUGACAAGGACACGCGCAGAGGCCAAGUGCUGACCCUCCUGGCGGAGCAAGCUCUCCAGUGUCUGGACUUCAAGGCCUCGUCCAUCCACUGUCAGGACGUCAUGGCCGCAGGGUACAGUCCAGCGUGGGAUGUGUGCAGUCUGCUGGGUCAGUGUGAGGGCUACGAGGACCUGGAGGCCCGACAGGAGCUUUUAGCCUUCUCUCUCACCCACUGUCCCCCCGACAGCAUCCACGGCCUGCUGGCUGCCUCCAGCGACCUGCAAACCCAGGUUUUGUACCAGGCUGUCAACUAUCAAAUGGAUCCCGCUAUUACCCAGAGUGGACGAGAGGCCGACGAGACCGAUUCAGUCAAGGCCGUCGCUCCCCCCGUGGCCUCGGCAGGGGACCUGCUGCACAGGACCACAGCCAAGACCAUGAAGGUGCUGACCACGACCGGGCUGACCACCAAGGCCGUGCUGACCAAAGUCGGCGACCACCGCUGGUGGAAGGACUCGCUCAACUGCCUGCGGCCGCUGCAUGGUCACGGCACAGGAGCCACGAGUCAGGAGUGGGCGUGUGAGAACUCCAACCUGCAGCGUCAAGGCUGUAGCCCCUUUUAUCAGGAACUCAUUGAUGAUGCCUGUGUGGACCUGAGUCAAGAUGUGUAUUCGUCAUUCAAAGACGUGCCUCAGGAGAACUUUGCCGAGGUUCUGCUGAGAACCGGCAAAUUGGCAGAGGCCAAAACGGAAGGGAAAACGCUGUUUCCUGCUACGGAGGUUUUGCUGCAGCUGGCCAACGAUGCAUUUCCCAGGGACAUGAUGCUAGCACUGUCCUACUUACUGGCCCUGCCUCAGGUACUGGAUGCCAACAGGUGCUUUGAGAAACAGUGUCCUUCUGCCCUGUCGCUCCAGCUGGCUGCCUACUACUACUCCCUGCAGAUCUACUCUCUCCUCACACCUUGCUUCAAGGACAAGAAGCACACUCUCUACCAGGCUGACCCGAAGGAGCUGAUUCGAUUGGUCACACUGCACGUGUCCGCCUACUCGGAUUGGCCGGAGGAGCUGCAGAAGAUGAUCGGCCAGCUGCACGUGUACAACGAGCGCCUGAGGGACUUCACCCAGGCCCAGGUGCUCCAGGGGCUCGGCCGCGGAGUGGACGUCCAGCGCUUCAGCUCCGACGCCGACUACAAGAAGGAGACCAUCCUCGGCCUCUCGGAGACGCUGGAGGAGGAGGUGUACAGGAUCGCUCUGUCUCUGGCUAAGCGCUACAGCGUUCCUCUGUGGGAGGUCUACAUGACUCACCUUGAGUUCCUCUUUACAGACAGCGGUCUUUCCACCGAUGCCAUUGAAUCCCGGAGCAAGUCCCUCGGCCUGUUUGACACUCUGAAGCGCGACCCGGAGGCCUUUUACGGCCACAUGACCAAGUACGUUCUGCCCACCGUGGAGGGAAGCGACCAGGGCCGACUGCUCUACUACUACACCUUACUGGAGGCUGCCGGCUGCGAGCCCUACGUCACCACCACCAUCAAGCCGGACUCCCACGUCAAACUGCUCAAGAAGCUUCGAACUGUCGCCAACGGUUUGAACUACCGGAAGCUGACCGAUGAAACGUCGGAUCCACUGGUGACUCUACAACCAGUUCUGACCAGUCAGAACGUACUGUCCAUCUCCAAACUUGCUAAUCGGCUGCCUGUGCCUGGAGGUGGGGGGGCCACAGUGUCCCCCAGUGCAGUCCACGCGGCGUGGCUGCAGAAGCUGUUUUGGAAAGGAGACCCGCACUUGCUGAAGAGAGCCCCUCAGAACGAACAAGACUACCUCCACGCGUACGACACCUGCGCCAAAUACCUGGACAGGCUGGUCCCGGCUGACGCCGUCGACUUCCUGGACAACGUCACCUUCUCACCCGAUGCAGCCGAACAGGUAGGCCUAAAUUUAGUCAAAUCCUGCCGAGACCUUGUGAAAUUCCAAUUUCAGUCCAUCGACCUUAGCCAUGAGAUGCAAUGUCUUUUUUUCACGUGAAUCACCGUACGCUCG